AUGGAAGAGGUGACUCGAGGAGCCCCUGAGGAUGUCUCUGGGAUGCUUUGGAAAGGAAAUGGGGGCUGGGGUAUUUCUUUCACUAGGCGCACUCGGGUUCGGUGUGGAGUCCCCCGGGAAGAGGGAGCGCAGCACUGCCGCCAGGAAGAUCCUUCAGUGGGGAUCGAGGUGUCAGGAAACAGCCGGCAGCUGUUCCAGAGAAAGGCAAGGAUGAGUGGUGUGAAAAGAAGCCCUCGGUGCUUGUGCAAAGAGAAGCUCCUAUUGCAACCACCCUUCCUGCGCUGUGCGCCUCGGUCCAUGCUUUUCCACGGGAUCUCCGGAGGCCAUAUCCAAGGAAUCAUGGAGGAGAUGGAGAGGCGAUCCAAGACCGAGUCCCGCCUGGCCAAAGGCGGACAGAUGAACGGCCGAGAAACGAACAUGCCCCCAAUGAGCCCCGAGAAGCCUGCUUUGUGUGCUGGUUGUGGAGGAAAGAUCUCAGACAGAUAUUACCUGCUGGCUGUUGACAAACAAUGGCACCUCAGGUGUCUUAAGUGCUGUGAAUGUAAACUGGCUUUGGAGUCAGAACUCACCUGCUUUGCCAAGGACGGCAGUAUUUACUGCAAGGAGGAUUACUACAGAAGGUUCUCCGUGCAGAGAUGUGCCCGCUGCCACCUUGGGAUCUCAGCCUCUGAAAUGGUCAUGAGAGCCAGGGAGUCUGUUUAUCACCUGAGCUGCUUCACCUGCACCACUUGCAACAAGACUCUGACCACAGGCGAUCACUUUGGCAUGAAGGACAACCUGGUUUACUGCAGGGCCCACUUCGAGUCCCUUUUGCAAGGAGAAUAUCCCCCUCAGCUGAGCUACACUGAGCUGGCUGCCAAAACCGGAGGGCUGGCCCUGCCUUAUUUCAACGGCACUGGCACAGUCCAGAAGGGGAGGCCCAGGAAACGAAAGAGCCCUGCCUUGGGAGUGGACAUCGUCAGCUACAACUCAGGUUGUAAUGAAAAUGAGGCAGAUCACCUGGACAGAGACCAGCAGCCUUAUCCCCCAUCCCAGAAGACAAAGCGCAUGCGCACCUCCUUCAAACACCACCAGCUUCGUACCAUGAAGUCGUACUUCGCUAUCAACCACAACCCAGAUGCCAAGGACCUCAAGCAGCUUGCCCAGAAAACAGGCCUGACCAAGAGAGUUCUGCAGGUUUGGUUUCAAAACGCAAGAGCCAAAUUCAGAAGGAACCUUUUGCGGCAGGAGAAUGGGGGUGUCGAUAAAGCUGACGGCACCUCACUUCCGGCACCGCCCUCAGCAGACAGCGGCGCACUCACUCCACCCGGCACUGCGACCACUUUAACAGACCUGACCAAUCCCACUAUCACUGUAGUGACAUCAGUGACCUCUAACUUGGACAGCCACGAAUCCGGGAGCCCCUCACAAACUACCUUAACGAACCUUUUCUAA